AACAACCGUGAACCGCCGGUCCACCAACACAAAUCCCUCGUUCUUCCCCCACUAAACCCUGAUCGCUGUGUGCCACUACCCGGGCUCAGCUCUCUCGCUCUCUAAACCCAACAAGGCCUCAACUCGGCUCAAACUCGGUCCCUCGAAGCCAUGCAAGUGGUAUCGAACGCUCGCCGACUCUCCAGGGCUUUUAAAUCUCCGAUUCUUCUCUACUCGGACCGAUUUCUCGUUCCCGACAUUCCAACAGUCGAAGCUCCUUCUGCUCCUCUUCAAUGUCCGAGUCACCGCAGCUUCUCUUCCCUCACACCCUGGUGCUCAGGGACGAUUCAAAGCAGUCAUUUGAAUAUGGCACAGCGCCCAAUGUAUCCGGUAAUUUCGAGGGCAUGUUUUUCUUCGGAAGCUAGUACCACCGAAAGCAGUCCCACUGUGUCUGUGAAGGAGCUGUAUGACAAAAUGCUUGAAUCUGUGGUUGUCAAAAGAUCAAUGCCCCCAAAUGCUUGGUUGUGGUCGAUGAUUGAAAAUUGCAAAAGCCACGAUGACAUUAAACUUCUGUUCGACAUCUUGCAGAACCUCCGAAGAUUUAGACUGUCAAAUCUUCGUAUUCAUGCCAAUUUUAAUUGCAAUCUAUGCCGAGAAAUUACUAAGGCGUGCGUUCAUGUAGGGGCCCUUGACUUUGGGAAGAAGGCCUUGUGGAAGCAUAAUGUGUACGGCUUGACUCCUAGUAUUGGAUCUGCCCACCAUUUACUGUUAUAUGCUAAAACUCACAAUGACGCUAAACUCAUGGUGGAAAUAAUGAAACUUGUGAAGAGGAAUGGCUUACCAUUGCAAGCUGGUACAGCAGAUAUUGUUUUCAGCAUUUGUUACAAUACGGAUAAUUGGCAGUUGAUGUCCAAGUACUCGAAAAAGUUUGUCAAGGCUGGAGUAAAACUGCGACAAACCACAUUUGAUGUAUGGAUGGAAUUUGCUGCAAAAAUAGGAGACACUGCGACACUAUGGAAAAUUGAGAAGUUGAGAUCUGAGUCAAUGAAGCAGCACACUCUUGCGAGUGGGUUUUCAUGUGCUAAGGGUUUUCUAUUAGAACGUAAGCCUGGUGAUGCUGCUGACAUCAUUCAAGUCUUAAAUCAGAGUUUAUCUGAUGCUAAGAAGUCAGGCAUCAUGGUUGAAACCCAAAAGCUGGUGAACGAGUGGCCUUUGGAGGUUAUCAAGCACCAAGAAAAGGAGAAUAGAAAGGCAUUAGCUGAAUCUUUGAAAUCAGAUAUUCCCGCUAUGGUUAGUGGUCUAUUAAACAUGGGUAUAGAGGCUAGAGUAAAUGUUGAAGAUCUAACCGGGAAAGAAGGUAUUCUGCAUUGAAGAAAAUGGAGGGUUGAAAGUACAGAUCUGAAGCUCUGUGCACUCUGUAUCCUGUACCAGAGAGAUGGCCAUGUGUUUCAACCAGUAUUGGUUGAGAAUGAGCACUUCAAUAAUUUCCAUAUUACCAAAACACUUACUGAAGUCCGUGAGCAUCCUCUGACCACAACAAAGAUAUUUGCUCUCUUUUUGGAUGUAGUUCUUUUGCAUUAAUCAGCUCUGCGAUUGUUGCCAUUCAUUUUGUCUGUUAUAACCUUGUCGUGUAUAUCUUCUGGUGGAUUAGAUGGACAAUUGGACAUUAUAUAGCCAAAGAAUUUUGGUGGGUUUUAGUUGGAGGGAGAGGAUCAGAAUAUCUGAUUUAUCUGGAGGAUUUUAUAAAACAAUUGAUGGCCCUCCGUUUUUUGGGAGAAGUUUUUAUACCUUGAUUUCAAUUUCUCUGAGAUAGAACUAAAUGCUGAGGUCCCAAAUGUAGACUUCUGUUAUAGGGUUGAUCU